CGCGACGCACGCACCCAAAUUCAGUCUGUGUGUCGAGUGGUUGGUUAUGGUUGUUGGUCACAAGACUAGUAAUAGGAAAUAAAUUAUUUUAUUAUUGUUUUAAUCGAGUAGUGCUUCUAUUAUUGAGUGUCUCUACAUAAAUCCCCUCAUAACCAUGGUGUCAUUGAUACCAGAUGUUUGUUUGUGAAUGACGAGUCAAAGUGCAAAACAACUAAUGAAUGAUGCAGUCUAUUUUCUGGACAGGCAGAGUGCUAUCACGUGCUAUAAGGAAUGGGAUUUCAAACUUAUCCAGCUCUGCUGAAUUAAACGUUUCGAGCAAGAAACAUCCAUAUUUAGUAUCAGUUGUUUGUGGAUUUCCCAAAGACAUUGUCAAUGGAAGAACUCGUAAAGGGCAAUUUGGGGACGACGCAUGGUUCUCUACCCAGUUCAACAAUGCGGACGUUAUUGGAGUGGCUGACGGAGUGGGGGGCUGGCGUGCUUACGGAAUUGAUCCCGGGGAAUUCUCCUCCUAUUUAAUGAAGACAUGUGAGAGACUGGUCCAAAUGGGCCAUUUCAAGUUGUCAGAGCCUGCUGAUCUCCUAGCCAAGUCAUACUAUGAGCUACUUGAACACAAGAAGCCUAUACUAGGCAGCAGCACAGCUUGCGUUAUGAUCCUGGAUCGGACGGAGAGCGUGAUGCGCGCGGCCAACAUUGGUGAUAGCGGUUACAUGGUGGUGCGCGGCGGCCGCGUCGUGCAUCGCUCGCACGAGCAACAGCACUACUUCAACACGCCGUACCAGCUCAGCCUGCCGCCGCCGGGCCACGACAGGAACGUGCUAAGCGACAGCCCAGAGUCGGCGGACACAUCAGAAUUCGCCGUCGAAUGCGGCGACGUGAUCCUUGUCGCCACCGACGGUGUGUUCGACAACGUGCCCGAGCCAGUGCUGCUCGCCGAGAUGCGACGGGCGAAGACACUCGCUGGCGACUCGCCGCGUCUGCAGGCUGUGGCUAACUCUAUCGCGUGGAUGGCCAGGAAUCUGUCCUUUGACGGCUGCUACAUGUCGCCCUUCGCUAAGAGCGCUAGGCAGAAUGGAAUUGAUGCUAUCGGGGGCAAACCAGACGACAUAACGGUGCUACUGGCGAUCGUAGCCCUAUGAAAAUGUCCUCAAUCGAUUUAGGCACUUGUUCUUUACUAAACAUAUUACGAAAUUAGUAGGUAUAUAGUUAUAUUAAACAACGACACCAAAAAUUCGACUUGUUCCAAACUUAGUGACGUAUUUGUGCAGGCAUGUCUAUUCAGCAAUAUAUGGUGGAUUUGAGUGUGGUUUAAUUGCUUGGAUGAAGUUAAUAAAAGAUUAUAAAAGGACAAAAGUCUUAGGGCUCAUUUAGACGAUGGGAGAACUCGCAUGCGAGUUUCAUCACUUUGCGGUUUUUGAUCAGUGGUUGAAUUGGACGUUACCAUAGUAACCAACAAUCCGCAAUGUAACUCAAAUCGCAUGCGAGUUUGCGCGCCGUCUAAAUCAGCCCUUAUUUUAUCACAAUUUAUUCCCACUUGUCAUUUUUUAAAUGUAACUACUGAUGUGUCGUCGGUUUCCAAAGCUACGAAAUUUCCACAAGCAAUAAAUUUGAAGCUCCUCAUAAUUUAGCAUGGGAACGAAACUUUCCAGUUCCAAAAUGGUAACUUUAUUUAUCUCUUGUGAAAUUUUCGAGAACUUUUUGGAAACUUUCCGCAACUAGCACAUCUGUAUCAAAUUGUAACAUUUAUUGAUGAAUGUAUCUAAAUAGUUGAACCACUCUUAAAUCCUCUGGUUAGGUAAAAUUUAGAAGUGUCUUGUAUUUGGAUAUCCUAUAGAAAAUCGCUGAACCGGCCCAAACCGUGACAUGUUUUUCUUGAUGACUAUGUAAAGUUUCGUUGACUCUACUUAAACAAUGACAGCCUUGAACACUAGUCACAUUAUGGUGAUAUUGAGUUGUGUGUGUAAGGAACUGUCAUUUUCUUUGAUCGCUAAAGAAAAUUGAUUGUUUCAUCUCGUGUGCUUGAAACAAGCAAUGCAGUUAGUGACGGGUAAUGAUUGAUAACGAUGUUGUCGAGAUUUUUCACCACUUUUUUAUAAUUCGUUUAUUUUGAUUAUUGUGUUUGAUGCCUGUGAUAGCAUCGUGACGUGGGGAACGAUAGCACCGAAUCAUGAGUGAAUGUUAUAACGUUUGAAUGAAGACUGAGAUAGUUUUACUAUCCUUGUUGUUAUUAUUGUAGAUUUUAAAGGUUAGCCAUCAACCGAACACAGCUAUCGGUUCUAUGUUUUUUUUUUACUUUAUAUGUUUAGUACAUUGUAAAUUAAGUAUUACCAGAGUCCUAAUUUCUGAUUAUAAUUAACUCUGAUGCAAACGGAGGAAGUUGCAUUUGUAAAUAUUUUGAAAUUUUGCUAAAAAAUUUCUCGACAUCAUUAACUUAGAUGUGAGCUGUGAAAAUGUCUUUUUUUCUUUAUAUGGAGUUAUAUGAAUAUUUAUGUACAGGUCAAUUAGUAAUUACUAAUGUAACUAUUUGAGGGGACGCCGAUUUUAGCUUCUGUAGUGCUGUUGGUUGAAAAUGUGAUUAAUUGUUGCUAUUUAAUUCAUUCAUGUACAUGUUGUGACAUCAAUUGUAAAACCAUUUUAAUUUCGUACUCGUUUUUACACAAAUCCAAUUGAAAUGUUCAUUCCGAAUAAUCCGAAUGUGUGAAAAUAUAAAAUAUUGUAAAUUUAA